AUGGAGUUGAGACCCUCCUAUCAUUUCCCAUUCUUGCCUAUAUCCAUUCUAUUCGCUAUCGUCUGUAUCUUUGUACCCAACGUCUAUUCAACGGAUCCACCCAAAAAAGCGGAUGAAAACUAUCGAUUCCAUUUUGCCCUCUCAUAUUAUCAAUUGGGUUUUCUUGCAAUACUUGUCAUUGUCGGAGUUCUCAGAAUGGUGACUGAAAUCAAGAAGGAUGAAGGAAGAGAACGGCUUAUCAGGUGUCGAAAUCGGUUAACAGCUAUUCUAGUUUUUGUAUUUCUUUAUAUUCUGAUGGAAGUAUUCAUGACAUUCUGGUUCCCACCAGAUUCACAGAUCAAAUGUUAUCUGAGUCAAUGCGGCCAAUUCAUCCUCACACUUCUUGCCAGUUUGUAUUUAAUUGGUAUAUUAAUGACAUGUGCCAUUUUCUAUAAUUGGCUAAUUAUCCCAACAAUCGUAAUCGAUGGUACCAUGUGCUAUCUACUGAAUAUGUAUGCAGCCCCGGAAUACGAAGAAGUGUAUAGAUGUUGGAUGAUUACUUUCUCGGUGUGUCUACUGGAUCUGUGGUAUAUUUGGAGCCGCGGACUACUUGAUAGUCCUUUCUAUAGUCUCCCGAAAAUGUACGAGAGAGGAGAGAUUGAUUAUUUACCGACAAUACCUCGACCUUUGUUUACCUAA